AAUACAAUUGCAAGUGUUAUAUAGAAAAAUGUUGAGUAUAAGAUUACCUCCUUUUCCAACUAUUAAAGAUAUCAUUAAAUUGUAUAAAUUGUCGGCCUUAAAGCAUUUGUCACAAAACUUUUUACUGGAUGAACGACUUAUCGAUAACAUUAUCAAGAAAGCUGGAAAUCUUAAUGGAAGUCAUGUAGUUGAAAUAGGACCUGGUCCAGGUGGACUGACAAGAUCAAUAAUAAGAAAAGGUCCUAAAAAAUUAAUAGUUGUGGAAAAAGAUAAAAGAUUUAAACCAAUAUUAGAUAUGUUAGCGGAAUCUUUCUAUCAUGUAAAUGGUCAAAUGGAUAUUAUAUAUGAAGACAUUAGAAAUUUACGUAUGAACGAUAUAUUUCCUAUGGAAGAAAAAAAGGAAUGGAUGGAUAAUACUCCAAAUAUUCAUUUAAUUGGUAAUUUACCAUUUAACGUUUCGACCAUUUUAAUAAUUGAAUGGCUUAAAAAUAUAUCAGAACAUAAUGGUCCAUGGACAUAUGGUAGGGCAAAAAUGUUAUUAACAUUUCAAAAAGAAGUAGCAGAACGUUUAGUAGCUGAACCAUUUGAUAAACAAAGAUGUAGAUUAUCGGUGAUGGCACAAGCAUGGACUCAACCACGUCUCUGUACUAUUAUUCCAGGAAAAGCUUUUCUUCCAAAACCGGAUGUAGACGUAGGAGUUGUAACUUUUGAACCAUUGAAAGAGCCACGUACAAAACAUGAAUUUAAUAUUUUUGAAAAAGUAACAAGACACAUUUUUAAUUCACGACAAAAAUACAGUAUCAAAUGUGUCAAAAAACUUUUUCCAGAAUAUUGUAGAGAAGAACUUUCCAAUUUGGUAUAUAAAUUAACUGACUUAGAUCCAAUGAUUAUACCAACAAAACUUACUGUCGAGGAUAUUGAUAAAAUAACAACUGCUUACAAAUAUAUAAUAGAAAAACAUCCUGAGAUAAGCUCGUACGAUCAUCGUGCAUCGCAUCGAAUACUUAACAAAAAAUAUACUGAAAUUUUGUCUGUUAAUGAUAUUAUAGAAUGACAAGCAUCAUAAUUUAUAUUAUUAUAUUUUGUUAGAAUGUAAUUGGAUCAGAAAAGAUGAUUCGUAUAUAUGUACCAUGUUUUAUUUUAUUUAGUCGCAAGAUGUAGUUUAUUACAAUUGUUUUAUAAUUUCAAUUAAAAGAGCGUACGUGUAUAAAAUAUACACUUAUAUACAUGAAUAUGGCUUAGCGUUUAAAUAAAACUAUAGUACAAUGUACAAUUUUCAUUAAUGAUGUGUUAGCCAUAGUAAAAUACUGUUAAGUAUCAUUCAAUUUUUUUUUUUGAGAGAAAUGCAUUUUAUAUAAUACUAAGGAAAAAAAAAGAGGAAAAAAAAAUGAAAAAGAAAAAAAAAAGAAGAACAAAGAAAACAUAAGAGACACUUAACGAUAAUCUUUUUCUCAGAAACGCAUUAAAUCGGCUCUCAUACAUUUUCAUUCAGAACUUUGCAAAACCCUAUUACCUCAAAAUCGAUAUUAUUGCCAGAGAUUGACGAAUUUUGAUAAAUGUAAUCAUGGAGGA